GGUGGAGAGAUCCCGUGCUCGGUGAAUGCGGGGUCCGGUGACGGGGGUCAUGUGACAUGCUGGUCAGCGGUCUCCAGGAAGAUGAGUAGUACCUCUCCUGCCAAACCUGCUGCUUCUCCUGUCACAGUGAGCCCGAAACUCAGGGAGAACGUCAAUGCUGUAGGACCAGCAAGCCAACUUAUCAUUAAGGAUGUUGGAGAGAUCCAUUCUAGACUGUUGGAUCACCGGCCGAUCAUCCAUGGGGAAACACGGUAUUUCAUUAAGGAGUUUGAGGAAAAGCGUGGAUAUAGAGAACUGAGAGUCCUUGAAAAUGUAAAGAACAGUAUAUCUGAAAUGAGUGAUCCUGUUCUUCCCAAAUGUAUAGAUACAAUGCAAGACCAGCUGGGAUUAGCACUAAAGACCUUGGAAACUGCCAAUCAUACCACCCGCAGGCUCCAGCAGGGAGAACAGGAACAUGCAAAGAGCACUGCAGAGAAAGCUGGGAAUGAGAAACUUCGUACAGAGUGGGAAGUUUUUCUGAAGGAGCAGGAACAAAGGCGGUUGGCAGUUGAUGAUGAGCAGCGUAAAGCAGUGCAGCGACUGAGGGAACAAUAUGCAGAGAUGAAAAGAGAACUUACCAAAAUGGCUUCCUUCCAAUAACCUUCCUAUGCACAUCAAGUUGGCCUCGUGACUGCUAGUUACCAGUCUACCAUUCUGUUAAGUUGUGAAAAAAGAAUGGUAGUAAGCUUUCAUUACCUCAUUUGUCAAGUGCCUGAGGAUGUCUAUGACUGAGAUAAAAAGCUAGUGGAGCAGCACAAGUAUGUCUGCUCUAUCAUCUGCAGCUAGUCCUCUGAUAAAAUGGGCUUUGUAUGCACAGACUGUGUGCUCGCCCACAGAUAUAUGCAUUUUAUAAACUCUUUUUGUUUUUCUUGUGACUGACUUUUCGCUUGACCUGUAUUGGUGUUGUGUUCUGUCACAUUUGUAAUGAAUGUGUUUUGUAUCAAGUAAAGCCAUCACUGUGCAUAGUCAACAGCAAUAUACACUGAAGCUCUCAUUGUACCAUUUAAAUUAGUUCAGCAAUAAAAAAGAAGUCAAUGAAG